UCUGAGCGCAGAAGUGAGAAGGGCACAGCGGUUUGAUGAGAAUUUAUGUCCAAACUCUGACAUGGAGAGGAGACACACGUCAUGUAAACAAGACCAGAGGACUGCGAAAUGAUGGACCGCUCAGUGACUCACAGCUUCAUUGGUCCAUUAUUUAUUUGAGCUCUAAACUUUACACCGGCGGGAGACUUUCUUUCCUCUUCAAACUUCUCAUGACAUCAGUGGAAGAAGGGAGGGCCAAGCCUCCGUCGCCUGGAUCUGGAGAGAAAAAUCACUUUGUCAGCCUCCCUCCGUCUGUGGACCACCCUCCACUGUUCUGCUGAACGCCGCUGACUUGUGCCGCAGCAGCUCCCGGCCUUUAUUCUCAAUGAGGGGAGACGCAGUGGAGGAGAAUGGAGAGCAUGACUGCUGACAGGAAACAUAAGUGAGACCCCAAACUGGACCCUUCCUGCUGCUCUCGGACUGAACCGACAUAGGCUUUCUGGUGAACUUUGUGGUAAAGUGAGAAGCAACCAUGGGACCUGGAAUGUGGAGCCUUCUUCUUCUGUUUGAUCUGUCCCUGGCCAAGCACCCGGUCCUCUCCCGGAUACGGAGGGCUCCGGAGGCCAGCGGGGAGAAACACAAGUGUUCCUACACCUUUCUGGUUCCAGAGCAGAAGAUCACAGGCCCCAUCUGUGCUGCACGAGGCUUCACCCCCGACAAGGACAGGGUCACACGCCUGGACGUGGCUGCAGUCAGGGACCUCCUCUCCAAGCAGAGGAGGGAGAUGGAGACUUUAAAGCUGGUGGUGGAUGUGGACGGCAACUUGGUGAACGAGAUGAAGCUGCUGAGGAAAGAGAGCAGGAACAUGAACUCGAGAGUGACGCAGCUUUACAUGCAGCUGCUGCAUGAGAUCAUCAGGAAGAGAGAUAACUCACUGGAGCUAGCUCAGCUGGAGACACGUGUCUUAAACGCCACCUCAGAGACACUACGACUCGCCUCGCGCUAUAGAGAGCUGGAAGCCAAAUACUCAGCCCUGUCCGCUGUGGUCAACAACCAAUCCGUGCUCAUAGGAGCUCUGGAGGAGCAGUGCAUGCAGGUGUACAGCCGCAGACAGGAGCCGCCGCCUCUGGGGCCUCCUCUGGUCCAGGUGGUGCCGGAGAAUAUCCCUGUAAACGUGCCCAGGCUGACCAAUGAGAUCCAGAGAGACAAUACCAGAGCGUUUGCCCGCGAAAGGGGCUCUAGGUCAGGACCGUCUCCUACAAGUGGUACGCUGGAGGUUCUGAAGCCUCCUCAGACGAACUUCAGUGCUGAAGGUCCGUUCAGGGACUGUCUGGAGGCGCAGGACGCAGGCCACGUCGACAGCGGCAUGUACCUGAUCAAACCCGACGAAACAGAGAAGGCGGUGCAGACCUGGUGCGAGCAGGACAUGGACAACGGCGGCUGGACGGUCAUCCUUCACCGGAAAGAUGGCUCCGUCAACUUCUUCAGGAACUGGGAUAACUACAAGAGCGGUUUUGGCAACAUCGAUGGGGAGUACUGGCUCGGCCUGGAGACCAUCUACAAGCUGGGAAGGCAGGGCGACUACAAGCUGCAGGUUGAGAUGGAGGACUGGAUGGGGAAGAAGGUUUAUGCUCAGUACAGCAGCUUCCACCUGGAGCCGGAGAGUGAGGGCUUCCGACUGCGGCUGGGAACCUACAGGGGAAACGCCGGGGACUCGCUCAGCAGCCACAAUGGCAAACAGUUCACGACUCUCGACCGAGAUAAGGAUGCUUUCUCAGGCAACUGUGCACAUUUCCAUAAAGGGGGUUGGUGGUACAACGCCUGUGGCCAAGCCAACCUCAACGGUGUGUGGUACAGCGGAGGAGUCUACCGAAGCAAAUUCCAGGACGGCAUCUUCUGGGCCGACUACGGAGGUGGUUUCUACUCCAUGAAAUCCGUCCGCAUGAUGAUCCGUCCCAUCGACGAAUGAGUUGAAGUGCGCUGGCCCGUGCAGAGGCCCGAACAUUCAAACGUGAAAUCAUCGGGAGCUCGCUCCAGGAGCUGAACGUGUGAUGUUCUCAUGUAAAAAAAAGAAAAAAGGUCUCUUAUUUAUAUAAGACAUGCAGCUCCAACCAAAUAUUCAACUGCUGGUGAAGCAACAGGCAGUGAUUCUUUUAUGUUAGCAGCGCAGGAUCUUUCUACCUCUCCAUGGUGACGCACUUAUAUUUGUAACCAGUGCUGAAACUGCCGACACAAGAUGUAUUCAGGUUAAAACAGAGUAUUAUAAUGUACAGAAUGAUAUACAUAAUUACAGGAAGUCAUGAGAAGAUUCUGGAAGGAACGCAGUCAGGUGUUGCUUAAUGCAAAAAUUUGGAGGAAAAUAACAGGAUAAUGCUGCCAUAUUUGCAGAAAACUAAUAUGUGGAAAUGUAAUGUGUAUAAUUUAACAGACAAGACAGUAUUUGGAGAAAAGAUUUUGACGUUACAGAUUUUGAAAAAUAACAAAAACAAUGGUAAUUUGUCAGAAAUUAAAUCAAUAAUUCAUUCAUUAUAGUGUGUUUAAAUUAUUCACAAAAAAUAUGGGAAUAAAAUGUCUAUUUUUUCCCACACAUUUUCAGUGAAAAGAGAAAUGAAUGUAUUGAAAUAAAAAUGUUUGGAAGAAAAUUUAUUGAAAUAUGAUAAUUAAAAAUAUGAUGGAAUGAUUGAAUGAUUGUUUACUAAAAAUAUUUUUGUGACAUUUUCUUGUAGAAAGAUUUUUUUUUAUUUUAUUAGUUUAUAUUCAAGAUUUAAUAUCAGCAUGUAAUAACACAUAUAUGAGAUCUCACGUUAACCUGAAAGAGAACAAUUUAAAAUAUCUUAGUACUGUAUAUUCUGCUAUUUCAGGUCAUAAUUUAAUCCUAAUUUUAACAACAAUGAGGUGAAACUAAUUUAUCCAAGCAGAGGAGGGGCCUGGUGUCCCGACUGAACAUUGAAUAAUCCAGCAGACGGCUGAACUGGAUUGACUUCUCAGUAUAUAUUGACAAGCAUUUUCAAAGUGUGCCUGCAUGUGAGAUGAAAUAUGUUUUUCUAAUUUGGCCGACAAUUUAUUCUCAGCGCGGCUCUGGGAAA